AUGGAUGCACUGCUUUCCAAUUACGCAAUAAACACAUUCAGGAUUUCUAUGUCAGAAUGCAAAGUUCUAUCCUCAAUUUUUACUCUUCCCAACCUGGCGUUUAAGCAAACGGUCACUGAAGUGAUGGAUUCAAUUUCAAAACGCCCGAAGCAUUUUAAGAAACUGAGAGUGGAAUGUAAUGAAGACAUGAUUAGCAACUUACCAGCAAGUCUCAUUGGCCAUAUCCUCUCUUUCCUUCCAACAAAGAAUGCGGUGGCAACGAGUGUCUUGUCAACCAAAUGGAAGUUUCUCUGGACCUCAAUCACUAAUCUGGACUUUGAUGAUUAUUCUUUAGUUUAUCGCGUAAUCUCCGAGAACUUCAUCUUUAACGUGUUCCGAGUCUGCCUCGUGAGCUAUUUACUUGUAGAAGUCUGGUGGUUGUUUUCUAGCUGCCCUGUGCUUGAAGAUUUGUCCAUGGAAGAAUGCAAUUGGAGAAAUAUUAAUGUUUUAAACAUUUCUGCUCCUCUUCUUAAGAGAUUAACUAUAAAAUGCGAAUGUUAUAGGGAUUCCGAUUCUAAGUACAAGAUUGUGCUUAAUACACCAAAUCUUCAAGACCUUGAGCACGGAGACUAUUUAGCAGAAGGCUAUUCAUUGAAUGAAUUAAAUGCUCUUGUCAAAGCAGACAUUUUUCUCGAUCGACUACCCAGCGAUGUUCCUGAUAGGUCAGAACUUGCUAUAUCAGAAAUUUUUGAAGGAAUAUCUAAAGUAAAGUUGCUUUUUUUAUGGGGUGGUUGGACGGAGAGAUUUGAGUUGUGCAGGUUAUCAUUACCAAAGUUUAACCAUUUGACUUAUUUGGAGUUUCAUGCAGAGCUUGAUGAUAUAUUUGUUGGAUGUGAAGGGUUACUAUAUUUUGUUGAAAGGUCGCCACGAUUGGAAACACUUAUUUUUAGGAGGCGUGGUAGGGAUGCGGUAGGAGUCCUCUACUCCGACUAG